AUGAUUGGUUCCACGGCCAUCACAGGAAUCGUCAGAACGAGGUUGAAGGUGACAUCAAAAUGCCCUCGGGGCUCCAGCUCCGGAGUGUACCUCGAACAAAAGUCACACAAGGGCCACAAAGGCCCCAAGGGCCACAAAGGCCCCAAGGGCCACAAAGGCCCCAAGGGCCACAAAGGCCCCAAGGGCCACAAAGGCCCCAAGGGCCACAAAGGCCCCAAGGGCCACAAAGGCAACAAGGGCCACAAAGGCCCCAAGGGCCACAAAGGCCCCAAGGGCCACAAAGGCCCCAAAGGCCACAAAGGCCCCAAAGGCCACACACAUCAUUUUUCGGCAUGUCUGCGCCUAUCCAUACCUGCCACGUUGAAGAGAAAUAUUCUAUUCUAUAAUGGUUCCAGUGGUAUGACACCAUAUACUACGAGCACUUCUAAGGUGGUUCCCUUGGUUGGUUAUCAAUAA